GGACUUUAGACACUAGGUAAAUUCCUCAUAGAUAAGAGGUGAUUACGUAUUAAUAUUUACUGAUAAAGUAAUUGUACACUUACGUUUUACGUUCGUAAGCGCAACCGGGCAAUCUUUUAAGACUGUAUUUUAUACAUAGUGACGUGGGAAUGGAAUGGAAUGGACAUUGUGUCACUAACUUCAAGAUCACAAAAAACUCCUAUGAACUCCGAUGAACAGAUUCAGCAAAAUGGUUUUCUGUCCGAGUACAAAUAAAGCAUUUUGAACAUUUACACAAUGAGCCAAACGCGAAAACCAAGAAUAAUGAGUAUUUCUUAUUCUGAAGCUUCAACAGUAUGGGCAGUUGGAAAGGGUACCCGCAAGGUAGAAGAGGGUGUCAAAUAUAAUUUGUCAUUACUAUCAGGUCCUGGAAAACAAGAUGGACAAUUAACCGAACCUCUGCCUUACACUAUAGAACCAUUGCCAUAUUCCAUGCAAAGUUGUGCCCAUUUCGAGUUGAUGUCAGGCUCUAUUGCAAGAGAUGUGUUUGGUGGCGAGGAAACAAAGGAUCCCGACAAGGAAGUUCUACAGCAUUCUAAAGAAGACUUCAUUCUUGACCUUUUGUUACCAGUUCCAAUGGCAGGUUGUCUUACGCUAUUAGCUUUGCAGAAUUACAACCGAGAACGGAAAAUGUACAAUGUAUCAAGAAAGUUCUUAGAACAUUACUCUGUUUUAACAGGUAGCAGCUCAGAUGGCCUUUGCCUACCAGAGGUGACACACAUGAACAGGAAAGUCAAUGUUACAGAAGGUCCAGAUGAGGAUAAAAUUUAUAUAUUUUCAUCACUUAUUGUCGACAGCGAAAACAAGAGGGCAUUUAGCUCGCUAGAUACUUCAAGAAGUCCACCAGGUUAUACAAAACUUGUCUUUAACUUAGACUGGCUAGAGAAGAGACCAAGCAAAUAUCCCCGCGAACGCGUGGAAGAAAAACUUAUUAAAGACAACUAUCCAGCAUUUAUUGACCCGGGUAAAAGUAAAAUUGUUGUGAGAAGUAAACUUGUCAAUAUUCUCAGGAAAUAUCUAAGACAAGAGAUACAUAGCAGUGAUAGGGAAAGAUUAUUUGCACGUCGUGCGACGAAUGUCGAUUCCACUGCAAACAUAAAGUUCUCAUAUCACGGACCAGCCGUGACCUGCGAGAUUGAGAGAUCUGAUUUUCUUAAAGUAACUAUAUCAAAAGAUUACGUUGUCGCACUUCCUUGUCCGCGCUGGCCACAAGAAGCCGCUGAAUGGGUUCAUCGUGAUCGUAUUUGGCCUCCAAAAGCUCUUGUUCGACAUGUCGUCAAAAUUGGGUGCCACAUCGUUCCUAAAGGAGAUAAAUUCAACAAAGACCCUCACGAUUUUUUAAUUUCAUUCUCUCAUUGCGAGAAACUUCUUGCGCUAAGCUUGAGUAUCAAGCAGAAGCGCUGCUACAUGUUGUUCAAAUUCUUGUUCAAGUACUCUAUCAACAGAAUACAUCGCGGGCUCACAACUUACCACUGCAAAACUAUAUUUUUCCGACUGUGCGAAGAAGUUCAUGAGGAUCAUUGGAGUGAAACCCAACCAUUUGAUUUCCUCAUGCGGCUGUUACUUGAGAUGGAAACAUGUCUCGAAAAUGGAUUAAUGCCACAGUAUUUCAUCCCACAAAGAAACAUGAUUCACUUCAUGACCGAACAAACAAGGAAUGCCGUAUUGAAAGACAUCCAAAAAGUUAAAGAGAAUCCUGUUGGUAUUUUCCUUGAACUAACGGAGAAACAUCGCUUCUGCUGGCUUUCUAAAGAUGUUUCUGCUGCAAGUAUUUUCAUUCCUUUGCUCUUAAAGCCGCAUCUUCCAAGGAGUAUAGCACAGCAGAAAUUGCUUGAAUACGUAGCUGCUCUGUUAGACAAAGGUGAAGUUGGAGUUGUUCUCUCUCUGCUCUGUGGAAUUGAAAUAUGCGACGAGCCGCCCUCUACAGAAACUUCGAUUUAUUUUGUAGAGAAAGUGGUUGAAACAGAGAACGGAUCGAAAUGUCAAAAUUUGAAAGCGCUAUUGGCGACACUUUACCACCAGUUUGCUUUAGAAAUUAAACAUGAUGAGUCAGAAAGCCGAAAGGAAUUGAUGGAUAAAAGUAUUGGUAUAUUUGAAGAAAUUAUUCAAGAAGGGAACUGCCAUGCCUGGAUAAUUAGUGAAUACUACAACCUGCUGUUCAAUUUAGAAUCUUUUGGCAAGAUUAUAAACCACUUUGCUAAAUUGAUUAGGAAAGACUAUGUGUGUACGGCAUGGCAUUUUUUCAAAGGCGGAAUAUACACAAAUGUUGAUUUUCAUAAUCGGGCAACAGUGGAAGGUUCUAUUCAGGUAGCUCCGGAAUUCAUUGUUCCAGCUUUUCUGUACGUGAGUUACAAGGCUGUAUCAGCUAGUAUGAGCUACAUUAGAUACAGCAGCUUGGCAGACAUUGAAAUUGAAAUGAUUUUGACAUUUGUAAAGAAGCUAAUGAAGAAGUUACAACUUUGGUUGAGAGAUAAGGAGAGAGUUUACCCCGAGUUUAUUGACGAAUAUGCUCAUAUCACUCUCGGACUAGGCUAUAAACACUUAGAUGAUAUUGAAAACUACAAACAACAUUUCAGAGCUGCUGAAAAUUUCUGCAUUCCACUCCGUCAGAUAAAUACUGAUCUCAUCUAUAAUGAACCGGUGACUGUCAGAAUUCACCAUCGCUUGAAGAGCCCUAGAUACCGACCAUACAAACGCCAAAGUAAACAUGCGAGGCCGAAUAUUCCCGAUUUAGCCUUUCGAUUCAGAGAUUUCAAGCUGAACGAAUACGCACACUAUUAAGACAGUGUUCCGUAAAUACCAUAAAAUUUGUGCAUAUAUUUCGGGACUUUUUUCUGUCCGAUAGCUCACCUUGGACACCUUCUUUAUUGACAAAUACGGUGCAAAUUGAUAUGCAAUGGACAUGAUCAAUAGCAAUAAUGGAAUAUGCUGUUGUUUUGCGAUAGGUUUACCAAAACAACACAAUGAUUCUCUUGAAACGUAAGGCACUAAAUUGUUGUUGCUGAAAUGUUUACGAUGACUUCGAGUAAAGACAUUUGUUUGGAAACGUUGGUCUCAAAUGGACAUUGAUUUCAUUGUAAUAUCAUGAUGUUUAAUAUAGUAAACGAAUAUUCGAUA